UUCGAGUUGGCGGGUCGGGGGGGUGGGAAGGUGCGCGUCGGUUGGGAAGAGUGGGCCGCGCAUGACGUCCGGGCAUCGCCUCGACCAAUCAAAUCGCUCAAAUGGCGCAAGUUCGAUACUGGCACCGAAGUUGGACCAAGCCCAAGCUCUAACCUAAUCGUCGCCCCGUUCGACUCGUGUUUUAAUCCUGGGAGUGAGGACGGGAUCGAGCUGUUAUGCCGGGGCCCGGAGAAUCUGCCGAUAAUUAGAAGAACGCCUUCGCCCGUCUCGGUUUUAACGCGAGGACGAGCAGCGCCUACAGUGCCGGUUUGAAGCAAUUUUCGCCUUUAAUGCCCCCUGUCUUCUGAAAUCGGUAUUGCUUAUCAAAGUUAAGAUAUGAGUGCAAAAAAAGUAGCAGUGAGGCAAGGGCAAACUGUUCGGGUAGUCAAGAUAGACGGUGCUACUGUCCAAGCAGUUCAAGCAAAUGCAGCCAGUGGAGAAACGAUAACUGAUAUACAAAACUAUCUUGAAACGUUCAAUAAAGAAAUCGGUUCAACCGGGGCCAAUGCUGAAUCUGCAACAACUCAACAGCAACAACAGCCAGCGGCUGUCCAAGAAGUGGCGCAAGAAGUAAAGUUUGAAACAGUACCUAGUGAAAAUGCGAGUGGAGAAAGUGAAACAGGAGCUUAUUAUGUAGAUCAAGCCACCGGUCAGUACUACUAUGAAUCGAGGGGAGAAGAUGGCCAAAGAGUUAUGACUGUAGUACAAGGUAUUCCUGAAGCAGCUGGUGGUGAAGAACAGUUUGUUUCAAUUGCUCAGAAUUCUGAAGAAACCGAACAGCAACCAACAGAAGAUGUUCAAGUUGUUGAUGAAAAUGGGCAAAUGGUACUUGGUAGUGGAGAUUCAUUUCAGACAGUGACAAUUGUUCCUUCAGAAACUAGUUCGGGGGAAGUCAGUUAUGUUCUUAUUGUACAACAACCAGAAGAUAAGGAAAAGGAAGAAGAUCAAGAUCUUACCGUCUAUGAUUUUGACGAUCAAGAGGAACCAAACCCACUUAGCGGACCUGAGUCUGCUGAUGAAGAGGACAAAUCAAAAAUAAUCAAGGUCAUUCCUAAAAAAUCUCAGACCGUCACACAAGUUCACAUGUGUAAUUAUUGCAAUUACACUAGUCCGAAAAGAUACCUUCUGUCGAGGCAUAUGAAAUCACAUUCUGAAGAACGACCACACAAAUGUAGUGUCUGUGAGCGUGGUUUUAAGACAUUAGCCUCAUUGCAAAACCAUGUGAACACCCACACUGGAACGAAGCCCCAUAGGUGUAAAUACUGUCAAAGUGCGUUCACCACAUCGGGAGAGCUUGUUCGACACGUCCGUUACAAGCACACACACGAAAAGCCCCAUAAAUGCACGAUUUGUGACUAUGCCAGUGUCGAACUCAGCAAAAUGAGAAAUCAUAUGAGAUGUCACACAGGAGAAAGGCCUUAUCAGUGUCCACAUUGCACAUACGCCAGUCCAGAUACUUUCAAGUUAAAAAGACAUUUGCGAAUUCACACUGGUGAAAAACCUUAUGAAUGUGAUAUUUGUUACUCCAGGUUUACUCAAUCAAACAGCCUUAAGGCACAUAAACUUAUUCACAGUGCUGGUGACAAACCAGUUUACCAGUGCGAACUCUGCCCAGCGACUUGUGGCAGAAAGACUGACCUCAGGAUCCAUGUGCAAAAGCUACAUACUUCUGAUAAACCGCUUAAAUGUAAGAGAUGUGGGAAACAAUUCCCUGACAGAUAUAGCUAUAAGGUCCACAACAAAUCACACGAAGGUGAAAAAUGUUGGAAAUGUGAUCUCUGUCCGUAUGCAUCAGUAUCUCAGAGACAUUUGGAGUCUCACAUGCUUAUUCAUACGGAUGAAAAACCAUUCCAGUGUAAAUGUUGUGAUCAGGCAUUUAGACAAAAACAGCUUCUUAAAAGGCACCAGAAUUUAUACCACAACCCUAACUAUGUACCUCCGACGCCUCGGGAAAAGACACAUGAAUGCCCAGAAUGUCAACGUGCCUUCCGACAUAAAGGUAACUUAAUAAGACACAUGUCUGCUCAUGAUCCUGACUCUGCAGCACACGAGAUUGCUUUGGCUUUGAAGUUGGGCCGUCAGAAAAAAAUACAAAUAAUCGACGGCCAACAAGUUGAAGUGAUUCCAGAUGCAGAAGACGAGGAUGAAGAAGAAAUUGAAGAAAGUGGUGUCAUGGACAGCUCGGUCGUGGCUGUAGAGGGUAAUGACGGUCAACAGUACGUCGUACUCGAGGUUAUUCAACUUAAUGACGGUGAAGAUCAGCAUGUUAUGUUGAGUGGAAACCAUACUAUUCAACAAGCAGUGGCUGCAGCACUCCAAACAAAUGAAACCACAGGAGACACUGAAGUAAUAAUUCCUGAUAAUUUCAAAAAUGAUGGAACAAAAAGACAAGAUGUCCAACAAGACAUGGAAAAUUGUUUUGGGUUCGAUGAUGAAGAGGAAGAAAAGGUCGAUUUGGACGAUCUGGAAGAAGACAAGAAACUACAGGUCAUUCAAAGUAAUUUAGACUAGAAGAUGGAAAUAUCGUUAUCAAUUAUUAAUGCAACUUUUAACUGAAAGGUGUAAAAGAAAUAGAUGACCAAUAUGUAAAUAGAAAAUGGCAAGUACAUUUCUAAGGUGCUGUCACAUGAUAUGACAGUUGCCUCCUAGUCUUUCUUCCGAAGAAAACCGAGAAAGCAUCACAGUUUCUAUUGGGAUUUCACUCAAACAGUUCUUCAAACCUAAAUGAAAAUGGUGUAACGGUUAUGACAAGACAUCUGGUUAUAUUAUUUUAAUUAUUUUUAUAUAAUGGAUAUGUAUUAUUAUUAUUAUUAUCAUUUUAAUUUGGAGAUAGAUGCUUUGGGAAUGUAAAUUUUGAGUGGAAUUUACAUCAGAUUUAUAAAUAGUUAUUUUAUCAUUCAUUUGAAAAAGGUAAUAAAUAAAAGAGGUUAAUAAUAUGAUUUUCCAAAAAUUACAAUUUUUUUUUUAGUUUUACAUUCAUAAAUUUAAUUAUAUCAGCUUUAUAAGAACUUUUGUAGAUUGUAAUUAUUGUGAAAAUAAAAUAUUUUGAUUUCCAGAUGUGUAAUUAUUAGUAAAAUUAUAAAGUGUAUAAAAUAGGUGUGUGAUAUUAUAUUUAACAUUUACAUUUCAUUUGUACAUAGUUAUUUAAGUGUUAAAUUACUAAGAUUAAUUUUACUUAUUUACUAUGUUUAAUUUACAUCGAUUUAAUUUGUUCCACACUUUUACUUUGGUGGUUGCUAUGGGCUCGUUGUUGAUAUAAUUGUCUCAAUGGCAACCUGUUCUUAGUGAUGCAAGCAGUCUACUUUUUUUUAAAGCUUGUUUUAUACCAAAUAAAAAUAAACUAUUUAAAAAUU